UCCUAGACUAACAAUACCCUUUAGACAGCACAGUUCCCGUCCAGGGAAAGGGGGAAACUGCCGCACAAUCGCUAGCGCGUUUGUCCCAAUUCGCGUUCGCCGUCUAUUAUGGAAGCGAUGUGGAUCUUUUGCCAACUCUUGCUGGCUGUGCCGCUUUUGCUGUUGGGCCUCUACUGUUGCUACAUUAAAGUAGUUCAUGUAAAGUACGAUUACAUCCCCGGCGCCCCAAGGGCGAGUUUUUUCUUUGGUCACUUGCCAAUCUUGUGGAGAAUGUGGAAAAAUGAGAAACUGAUUCAUGAUCUUUUUCUAAACUGGGCUGAGAAAUAUGGACCAGUUGUACGUUUUAAUGCUUUUCAUAGAGUCGCGUUACUAAUAUUAAGUCCUGAAGGAGUGAAGGAAUACCUGAUGUCACCACAGUAUUCAAAGGACCCAAAGAUAUUUAGCCGACUUUGCAACGUGUUUGGUGAAAGAUUUUUAGGGAAUGGCUUGGAAACCGAUCUUGACUACAAUCAUUGGCACAAACAACGAAAAAUUAUGGACUCAGCAUUCAGUCGAAAUUACUUGAUUGGUUUUAUGGAGAUCUUUAAUGACCAAGCAGAAGACCUCAUGAAAGUGCUGAAUGAAAAAGCAGAUGGAGAGAAGGAAGUGGAUAUGAUGAGCCUGUUCAGACGGUUGACCCUGGACAUCAUUGCAAAGGUGGCAUUUGGCCUGGAACUAAACACUCUACACUGUGACCAAACACCUUUUCCUCAUGCAUUUACCAUGGUCAUGAAGGGGGUGAGCAAGGCACGAAACCCAUUUUUCCAGUAUCUGCCGGGGAAUAGAAAAGAGAUACAGGAGGUUCGUGAAAGUCUCAGAUUGCUACGUUGCACUGGAAAGGAGUGUAUCACACAAAGGCGGAAGGCCAUCCAGAAUGAUGAACCUGUCCCAUUAGAUAUUCUCACCCAGAUAUUGAAGAGUGCAGAUCAGGAGGAAUCUGAUGAUGAAAAUAUGGUAGACAACUUUGUCACCUUUUUUGUGGCAGGUCACGAGACCACUGCCAGUCAAUUAUCUUUUACUAUCAUGGAAUUAGCACGGCAGCCAGAAAUAGUUGCAAAACUUCAGGCUGAAGUUGAUGAAGUUAUUGGUGUGAAGAGAGACAUUGCCUACCAAGAUCUGAGGAAACUGGAAUAUUUAACACAGGUCCUCAAAGAAAUCCUACGGUUAUACCCACCAGUUUCAGGCACUAUGCGCUGGACAGAGAAGAAAAAUGUAAUUGAAGGAAUUGAAAUUCCAGCAAACACCACCCUAUUUUUCAAUACCUAUAUCAUGGGACGCAUGGAUAGAUACUUCAAGGAUGCUCUAACCUUUGAUCCUGAUCGAUUUAGCAAAGGCAAAUCAAGACCUUAUUUUUCCUAUUUUCCAUUUUCGCUGGGACCUCGUUCAUGUAUUGGACAGUUAUUUUCUCAGAUGGAAGUUAAAGUGCUGAUGGCCAAAUUUCUGCAGAGGUUUGAAUUUGAGCUGGUUCCACCACAGAGCUUUAAAAUUCUAGAUAUGGGAACUUUGAGGCCACUUGAUGGUGUAACAUGCAGACUGAAACCACGGCAUCAUUUUAAUUUUUAAACAGAGGACAUGUUGUCAUUUAUGUUCACAAUAUCUUUUAAACUGAAUCAGGGUGUGUUAAAGAGCAUUUCAAUCAGCAGUUGAAAAGCUGCUUACGAUGUUUACAUUUGGGUUCAUCUGACUACUUUAGAUUGUAAAAUAUAAUCUUUAUUGUCAUUGUACUUAAAUACAAGGAAAUUAGUAGUAGUUGAUUCUCUGUAGCCUGAUCAUUUAUCCAAUCCUGUCACUGUUGCUGUUUCAAUUGCUCUUAAUAAUCAAUCAGUGGAACAACUUGACUCCAGAAGUUGUGAAUGCUCCAACACUGGAAGUUUUUAAGAUGAUGUUGGAU